AUGGUAAGUGCUGGUGCUUAUGGCACUCUGGACUUUCUAAAAAUGGUAAGUGCUGCUGCUUAUGGCACUCUGGACUUUCUAAAAAUGGUAAGUACUGCUGCUUAUGGCACUCUGGACUUUCUAAAAAUGGCAAGUGCUGCUUCUUAUGGCACUCUGGACUUUCUAAAAAUGGUAAGUGCUGCUGCUUAUGGCACUCUGGACUUUCUAAAAAUGGUAAGUGCUGCUGCUUACGGCACUCUGGACUUUCUAAAAAUGGUAAGUGCUGCUGCUUAUGGCACUCUGGACUUUCUAAAAAUGGUGCUGGUGGGGGCGCUGGUGGGGGCAUGGAGCCCGACAGGCAACGCUGUGGCGCAGCAAGCAUUCCGCGUGCUGGUGGGGGCGCUGGUGGGGGCAUGGAGUCCGACAGGCAACGCUCCCUUCACGGAGCGAGGCCUGCAGGUGGUGGAAGCAGUGAGCGCAGGCGCAGAGGUGGUGCUGUUUGCAUGUGCACUGGCCAUGGCCAUCGAUUGGGACAUGUCCUCAAACUUCGCCACCAUUCUCUUCCCUUUCCACCCUCCCCUCCGCUCCACACCCUCCCCAACAGCCCUUCACGGAGCGAGGCCUGCAGGUGGUGGAAGCAGUGAGCUCGGGAGCAGAGGUGGUGCUCCCUUCACGGAGCGAGGCCUGCAGGUGGUGGAAGCAGUGAGCUCGGGAGCAGAGGUGGUGCUGUUUGCAUGUGCACUGGCCAUGGCCAUCGAUUGGGACAUGUCUUCCAACUUCGCUGGCACUCUCGGGCUCGUCAUGGCGCUGGCUGUCGGCCUGGCCUUCAUCGGCCAACUAUUCAACCAGUGA